AUAUUACACACAAAAGAAGUUAAAGCUUCCAAAUUUGGUCAAAUUGGGGGGAAAAAGAAGAUGCAGAACAACAUCUUCACUUCGAUUCGGAGCUUGAAGAUCAUCGACGCUUGUAAAGGCACUCAGGUCCACGUGCUUGAUACUUCUCCCUCCGCCGCCGGAGCCGCCGCAGACGGUGGCGGCGUUGUGAAUCUUCAUCACCAGCACCUCCUUCACGAUCAAGCCAAAGCCCACACCCAAACCAAACAGGGUCGGAGCUUCCAAACCACAACAGCAGCAUCAACAAAGGCAGCAGCAUGCGACGUCGUUUUGGAGAGCCUCCUCCUUCUUCCUCAUGGCCUGCCUACCUCUGAGCUUCUAGAACCUUCCAUCGAGCCUUCUCUGAAGUCCCUCGAUUUCGUGAAAACACUUGCCGAGGUUUAUCGGAGAGUCGAGAAUUGUGACCAAUUGGCGAAAUCGGAGGCGUUUUUGGAGGAGGCAGCUAUUUUCCGUGGGCUGCAGGACCCCAAGUUGUUCCGGCAGAGCCUCCGGUCGGCGCGGCGGCACGCUGUAGAGGUGAACGACAAGGUUGUGCUCUCGUCGUGGCUUCGGUACGAGAGGAGGGAGGAUGAGCUCGUUGGAUCGUCGGCAAUAGAUUGUUGUGGAGGAAACCUUGAAUGCCCCAGGUCAAGCUUAAUUCCAGGCUAUGAUCCUGAAUCAGUGUUAGAUCGGUGUUCAUGUUCGGGUAGAGAAGUUAUUGGUAGUGAUGAUAAAGAGCUUUUAGAGGAAUGUUCAACUUCCAACGAUGAUGUUGAAUUGUGGUUUUGCAUUGGUGAUAGUGAAAUUAGGUGUAGGAGACACUGUAUGGCAUCACUUUCGAGGCCGUUUGAGGCAAUGUUGCAUGGCGAAUUCCUCGACUCUAGGAAGGAGAAGAUAAACUUCUCAAUGAAUGGGAUUUCUGUUGAGGCAAUGGUGGCUGCUGAGCUUUUUAGUAGGACUAGGAGGCUGAAUGGGUUUACACCUAAUGUUGUUCUAGAGUUGCUUUCAUUUGCAAAUAAGUUUUGCUGUGAUGAGAUGAAGUCUGCGUGUGAUGCUCAUCUGGCUUCUCUGGUGUGUGGCAUGGAAGAUGCCAUGUUGCUGAUUGACUAUGCGCUAGAGGAGGCCGCGCAUCUGCUUGUGGCAGCUUGUUUGCAGGUUUUUUUGAGAGAGCUACCCAGUUCAAUGCAGCGUGCAAAUGUUGUUAAAUUGUUUUGUAGUCCAGAGGGUAGGGAUAGAUUGGCUAUGGCUCGGCAUGCGUCAUUUUUGUUGUAUUAUUUUUUAAGCCAGGUUGCAAUGGAGGGAGAGUUGAAGUCUGAUAAGACUGUGAUGCUCUUGGAAAGACUAGGAGAGUGCGCGGUGAAAGGUUGGCAGAAGCAGCUAGCUUAUCACCAAUUAGGUGUUGUAUUGCUUGAGAGGAAAGAAUACAAGGAUGCACAGCGUUGGUUUGAGGCUGCCGUUGAGGCAGGACAUAUUUAUUCAUUAGUUGGUGUUGCAAGGGCCAAGUAUAAGUGUGGUCACACAUAUUCAUCGUACAAGAUGGUAAACUCGCUUAUAUCUGAUUAUAAACCAGUUGGCUGGAUGUAUCAAGAAAGGUCUUUGUAUUGCAUUGGGAAGGAGAAAAUGGCAGACUUGGUCGCUACCACUGAAUUAGAUCCAACUCUUUCAUUUCCAUAUAAAUACCGGGCUGUUUGUUUGCUGGAGGAGAAAAAUAUCGGAGCUGCCAUUUCGGAAAUCAAUAAAAUAAUUGGAUUCAAGGUUUCUCCAGACUGCCUUGAAUUCAGAGCAUGGUUCUUGAUUGCUGUCAAGGACUAUGAAGGGGCUCUAAGAGAUGUCAGGGCAAUCUUGACAUUGGAUCCAAACUAUAUGAUGUUCCAUGGGAAUAUGCGUGGUGACCACUUGGUAGAGCUCCUCCGCCCUGUUGCUCAGCAGUGGAGCCAAGCUGAUUGCUGGAUACAGUUGUAUGAUAGAUGGUCUUCUGUUGAUGAUAUUGGUUCUUUGGCUGUUGUACAUAAGAUGUUAGAAAAUGACCCUGGGAAAAGUAUUUUAUGUUUUCGGCAAUCUCUCCUCCUGUUAAGGUUAAAUUCUCAAAAGGCAGCCAUGCGUAGUUUACGCCUAGCUAGAAAUCAUUCCACUUCUGCACAUGAAAGACUUGUCUAUGAAGGAUGGAUAUUGUAUGAUACCGGUUGUCGUGAAGAGGCAUUAGCCAAGGCUGAGGAGUCCAUUUCUAUACAAAGAUCAUUUGAAGCUUUCUUUCUCAAAGCUUAUGUAUUAGCUGACUCAAGUCUUGAUUCUGAGUCUUCAAAGUGUGUGAUCGAUCUCUUGGCGGAAGCUCUUAGAUGUCCUUCAGAUGUCCUUCGUAAAGGACAAGCACUAAAUAAUUUAGGGAGUGUUUACGUAGAUUGUGAAAAGCUGGACCUUGCUGCCAACUGCUACUUGCAUGCUCUCGAUAUCAAGCAUACACGAGCACAUCAGGGUUUGGCACGUGUAUAUCAUCUUAAAAAUCAGAACGAAGCUGCAUAUGACGAGAUGACAAAGCUAAUUGCAAAGGCCCAAAACAAUUCAUCGGCUUAUGAGAAGCGUUCAGAAUAUUGUGAUCGUGAUAUGGCAAAGAAUGAUCUUAACAUGGCAACACAGUUGGAUCCUCUACGGACUUAUCCUUACAGAUAUAGGGCAGCAGUUUUGAUGGAUGAUCACAAGGAAGAUGAAGCAAUAGUGGAGCUUUCAAGGGCCAUCAAUUUCAAGCCAGAUCUGCAACUUUUGCAUCUUCGAGCAGCAUUUUAUGAUUCAAUGGGUGAUUAUGCUUCUACUGUCCAGGAUUGUGAAGCUGCCCUUUGUCUUGAUCCUGGCCAUUCUGAGACAUUAGAUCUCCGUAAUAAAGCACGAGAGCAAAUUAAUGAACAAAAGUGAGAGAAUCACAGAUCAAUAAUCAGGUUUUCCUUGUCCUCUAGGUUGCAUUUGGUUAGUGUAAAAUAUGUGGACACAAAAUAUGUGGACAUGGUAGGACACAAAUAUCUUUGGUGCACUAAGGAAGAGAUAGAGUGAGUGAGAGAGACAGUGGGACUGAAAUACAGUCUGAGAGUCCAUCUCAGAAGGAAGGUGACUAACAUUGUUAUCUUCAGUGUCUCAAUGUCUCAUUGUCCUGUUCAACCAUAAAGGGACAAUGCUAUUCUUGUUGACCUGCACCAUUUUACACCUAACAGCCUGGUAAUCAUCAAUUCUAUUUAUCUAUUGAAUGGUCUCUAGAAAGAGUAUGGUCUAUAUAUAUCGCUCUCAUAGGCUGGCCUUCUAGAUGCAGAAUACAGAAGGAAAAGAGAAUUUAGAGACAUAAUUUGGAUCGAUUGAAACUGAAUGGAAAGUAGGGGAGCAAACAGCUGCUGCUGUUGCUAUUCUUGACUAGGCCUCACCUGUAAGAAUGGUGAUAAAGUUUUAGACAAAACUUGUAUAUACAAGUCAAUUUGUCAUGUAAAAGAUUCAGUAUUUGCCACCAUAUUUUUGGCUGAGCAAUUGCCGAUUUACAUCAUGCUGUAAGUUGUAACCUUUUGCCACUGUGUUAUAUAAACAGAUUUUUUUCUCAGCUAUUUCAAUUGUAUUUGUGAUAA